AAGUAUAAAAUAGCCAAGUAGUCAAAACAAAUUGCACAGUUUAGUUUCGUUAGUCUCCAAAAACAGCAACCGAUUUAACACCUCUUCAGAUUCCUUCAUCUCUGUUGCGUUAUCACCAUCACAUCGAGUUUUAUUGAUUUUCAAUUGAUUGAAAAUUGGAUAAAAUUCUCUAUAGGAAAAAAAACCAAUAGAAAAACCAAUUCUUUAAACAAAAAUCCCCGCAAGAUAAACCAACUAACCCACAAAAAAAAUCAAAAAAAUCAACCACCGUUUUUUUUUUUUUCAUAAAAAUUUCCAAAAAUGCUGAAACAAUUGAUUGUAUUGUGUGCAAUUGCCACGAUAGUGUUGUGUCGGAAUACGGCCUCCAAUUAUAAUUCUCUGCACAGCGAUCAACUCAGUGACAAAGACAUCGGCAACAAUGACAAAAAUGACGAAUCAUUUUUGAAUUGGAUGGAUAUCAGUUCGAUUUAUCAUAAAUACAAGAACUACACCAGCAGCGAUAUAUCCGUAUUUCUAAAAUUGAAACUGUUGUCGAGCUUAAAUGCGGUUGCCAAAGGUGAUAUCGAUUUCGGUAAUGGAAUUCGUUUCGUUAAGGAUAACAGUGCAUCGGAAACAAAUCGUUUCGAUGAAUCUGACGCUGAAUUCAGUGAAAAUACCAUAAUUAAAUCGUUACCACGCACCAUCGGUGAAAGCGAAGAUUACUUAUCGUCCAAAAUUUGGAAACGAAUAAACAAACUUUUGCGCAGCCAUACCAUGCAAAUCAAAUUCCCAACUGACAUCGAAGGACGUGGUAGCGGUGGUAAGAAGAAGGGUGCCUGGAUUAUGAUUCCAUUAUUGUUGGCUGGUACAUUCAUUCCAUUAGCCUAUGGUGCUCUUGCUCUGCUCGCUGGUAAAGCAUUGAUCGUAUCGAAAUUGGCGUUGGUCUUGGCAUCAAUCAUCGGAAUCAAGAAAUUGGUAUCGCAAAGUGGUGGCCACCAUGAAUCAUCGCACGAAGUCGUUGUUGCUGGACACGGAGGCGGUUCUGGUUGGGGACGUGAUUUUGACCUAGCCUAUAAUGCUCAUGCACCAAAGAACUAAACUAUUUACAGAAACGAAAUAAACAACGAAACUAUCCAAUUCAAACACAAGUACAUUACAUAUACCAGAACAAAACAAUAAUAACAGAAAACAGAAUCAAAGCUGAAAUUGUUGACUCCCUCAUCACAAAAAAAACGGACAAACAACAUUUGAUUGUAACAAUUUGUAGCACAUUUUCGUCAUAUUUUUUAUGAGUUUUGCUAGUGUUCGUUGCUCUUUUUCUCUUUGAACUAAUUGAUUAAUUUUUUGCGUUAAAAUUCAUUUUAUGCAAUCGUUUUCGAUUUUUUUUCUUUUUUUUCUUUCAUUUUAUUGGUUCAAACAAUGUGUAGAAACAAAUGAGAGAAAAAGAGUGAACGACAAACAAGUAUUUUAUGUUUUGUUUUUAAGAGAUGUUUUUUUCGUUCUGCUCAAGAAUUGGAAAAAUGAUCGAAUUAUAUCAAGUCACUCCACACACAUAUUCCACAUAGCCGGACAGAAGCUAACAAAAAAAACAUAAGCAAACGUACCGGAAAAUAUAUACUGAAAAUAUGCUGCAAAUUCAAUUGCAAUCACAAUUAGAUACAUUUAACAAUAAUAUCAUGAGGAAUAGUAAAAAGAAAUAGCAACAAACAAUGAGAUUAGAAUUAUUAAAUCAUCAUUAGACGACAAUGCAUUGAAAAUUGAUAUUGUGUAGUUAAGCAUUUCAAAGUAAUUACCAAAAUUUAUUAUCGUUUUCUACCCAAUUUCGUUUUAAGAGCCUUAAUUUAUUGAAAAAAAAACAAAAGACAAAAAAACAACAAUAUGAACAAAAACUAAUUUAUUUAUUUUGUGUAUUUGACGUGUUAUUUAUUUAGAGCAACAAAUAUUUUGUGAAUAAAUUGUUUAAGAA